ACAUACAGCGCAAAUCCCGACCUCUCCGGAAAGAGAGAGAGAAAAAAAAAUCACACUCACACGCGAGGAAAAAAAAGUACUUGCGAGACGUUCUGAGCGUCGCGGAUAAAACACACGGAGUGAAAACUACCUGUAAAUGGGAGAUUUGUCGCCUGCUUCUCUUCUCUAGUUCCCGUCUUUUUCUUCUUUCCUUUUUUAAGUUUGCUAAUAAACUUUAUCGUGCGGCGGCUGUUUGAAGUUAUCGCGUGCUUUAACGCCUCGUGCUGUUGCGCAAAAACAUGGGAUUUACAUCUUAGCGCCGCUUCUCCCGAAGGAGCGCUCCGUCUGGAAGCUUUGUCAAUGGAUUUUACCGACGGUUUUCCCGACUGAAGUGUUGCCGCAGGGAAUACUCGCCCCCUCAACUUGGAUUUGUUUCACCUAAACGGGGGUCUGAAAGUGUCGCGAGCACGCCAGUGGUGAUGUCUUCUAACAUCUUAUGAUAGAACGACAAUUUCAGAUCUGACAGUUGACUACCAAGCAACCGAUUGGCUUUUCUGAGUAUAAGGACUUCAGAUGUGUCCCCUGCCAGCCACAGUGGCCCUUCAGUCACGAGAUGUUUUCCAGAAGUCAGAACGACAGCGACGGGGGAGGAGGGCAGCGGGGGUCAUCAUUGAACCAGCCAGCGGGUACACUGAAUGACGAAGGGAGCUCUGAACCACGGACUCGGCAGACCGAUGACGGUCCUCCAAAUCCCGGGUUGAACAAAGGACAGCUGCCCCAUACUGAACCAGUGCUGUCUCUGGAUCAGAUUAGGAUAACUGGGAGUAGCAAUGAGUACACAGAAGGGCCCACUGUUGCCCAAAAGUCUUCAGGUACUCAGGAUACAUCACAGGGCUUAGGAGGCAGUGAACAGCAGGAGACUCAAAAAGAGAGGCCUUAUAAUCUCCGCAACCUGCACGGAAACUCUUCCACGCCGGGUGCUAUGCAAUCUUCCAGUGUAGACGACUCCCAUAGCAGCAUCAGGACCAGCGUGGGAAGCGUUUCUUCAGACCAGAGGCUUAUCGGCAGCCCAGAGAACAGCGACCAGAUAAUCAGAACACAGCCCAACCGUUCCGAACUGAACUCAGAGGAGCUGAAACCCCUGAAUGAGGAGUCCAGGCCAGUAGUGGUGAUGACGAGCAGCAGUGUCAAUAGAAAUCAAGGUAAACACUCGGUUAGGUGUGAGGACUGCGGCCGAUGUCAGUGUUCAGAUUGCCGUCGCCCACGGGUGCUCCCUUCCUGUUGGAUGUGCGGCCGGCGGUGCGUGUGCUCAGCAGAUAGUGCAGUGGAGUACGGGACGUGCGUCUGCUGCAUCAAAGGCCUUUUCUACCACUGCUCCAGCGACGACGAGGACACGUGCACGGACAAGCCAUUCUCGUGCACGCAGUCCCACUGCUGCGUCCGCUGGGUCACCGUGUCGCUCCUCUCCUUGUUCUUGCCCUGUAUCCUGUGCUACCUCCCGGUUAAAGGAUGCAUGGCAGUGUGUCAGUGCUGCUAUGACAGAGCCAAACGACCCGGCUGUCGGUGCAAGAACUCAAAUUCAGUCCACUAUGAGGAUGUCCGGAAACCAACGUAGACGUAGUGUGUGUGUUGAAAUGGAGAUGGAUGGAAUGGCUCUACGCUCGCUCAACUCGAUAGGCAUGUAGUUGUGUAGAUGAAAGGUUUUAAUAGAGAUCUAAUAAUGCUGUUGUGCUUAAGGUUUUGUAUUUUUCAUCUAGGUCAUUACAAUAUCUGCUGAAAAAUCGCCUUAAUAUGCUGCCUUUUUAAAGUGGGCUCAGAAAAAUCUCUGUACUAAAGGCACGGGAGGUGCAUUCACUCACCCUAGCAUUAGGAGUUUCACUUGAAAGGUAAACCAAAAGAAGCGCUCUACAUUUAAAGGUAUGAAGACAUAUUCAACUACUGUCUUUUUUUCCUCCUUUUUUUUUUUUAAUGUCCUGAAAAUUUGUUCACUCAAGUGCCCUCGUUGUUUUAUUGUUAUGAGAGUCCAACAGAUAGUGUCUUCUCUCUUUUUGUUGUUUUAACAUUUAAUACAACUUGUAUGCUAAGAACAGAUUCCUGUUACUGACUGUAAAGUUUUAAUUGCAAACGGUGUGCGUACGUCAGAAAACGAGUUGAACAGAUGUUUUAUUUUUGUACAUAAUACUUCAACUGGGAAAAGUUUUCUGCCAUGCCAGAGGCACCUUGAUGAAUCCAUACCUAAACUAAUCAGCCACAACAUUAAAACCACUGACAAGCGAAGCAAUGAUGUCAUUGCAGUAUAAGGUUUGCCCGGGAAACGUACCGCCCAUUUAAACGUCGUUUACGCAAAGCCCCACCCCGGGACAGGGGACAGUGUUCCCAUCACACUUCAUAAACUGCUCAGGAACGAUUUGAAAGAACACGUUAAAAUAUCCCAAACUGAUCAGAAACAAAGUCACCAACCCACAACCCAUGACAGUGUCCCCACUGCCAGACACAACAUUAAUCACAGUGUUUUUUAAGAAAAGGGAGACAGGUGGUUUUAAUGUUUUUGGCUAAUGGGUGUAUAUGAAUCAGAUAAUUGACCUUUUUUUUUUGUUUGUUUGAAAUUUUGUUUUACAUUCACUGGAAUGUUUCUUAAUCACGUUUAUGUAAUUUACAAAAGAAAGAUCUUAUCCCUUCUACUUGUAAAUUGUACAGUGACCUUAUAUGAAAAUUCUAUUUUCUAAUUCCAACAUUGCCUAGUGUAAAGUUAAAACUAUAUAUUUAUUUGAAGGUUUAUUAUUUUAUAAUGAUAAAAUAUUUAUUUUGAGAAGGCAUCAAUGGUUUCGCCUCUUUGUGGGAGAAGGGGUCACUCUGUAGUCACUGCAAGCUCAGAGAUGACCCUGUACGAGUGUCAAAGCUGGAUGAAUAUGUCACUUUGGAUUAGGAGACAAAUAUAUUAACGUUUGACAUUAAACAACCCUGAAGUCUGA